AUAUAUGUGAGUUCUGCUCUAAAUGUCGCGUUGCGCGGUUCAUUUAUUCCUGACUGGUACACCAGAAUAGAAUUAGCUGAAAAAUUACGAGGCAGGAAAACGCAUCUAGUGGGAAUACUACGAAAAAAUCGUAGAGGUAUUACGAAAGAAAUACUAUCCACUAAACUGAAGAAAGGUGAACCUGUAGGGAGAGAUAAAAAUGUCAUCGUUAUUUUCAAAUGGAAAGAUAAGCAAGAUGUGCUUAUGCUUACAACUAAGCAUAAACUCAACUUCGUUGAAGUCUCAGGCAGAACUGAGGUCAAAAAGAAGCCGGAAGCUACUGUGGCUUAUAAUAAUGCAAAAAGCUUUAUCGAUAUAUCGGACCAGUUGUCAUCCUAUUCUACCUCAGACGGAGUAUCAAAUGGUACAGGAAGGUGGCUGUUGAGUUACUUACUGGAACAAGAAUAG